AUGCCCCUCACGAAGGACCUUCUCCACCCAUCCCUGGAAGAGGAGAAGAGGAAGCACAACAAGAAGCGCCUGGUGAAGAGACUCAACUCCUGCUUCAUGGACGUGAAAUGCCCGGGAUCCUACGAAGUCACUACCAUCUCUAGCCACACACAAACCGUAGUUGUUUGCCGGCUGCCCCUCUACCCUUUGCAGCCCACAGGAGGAAGAGCAAGGCUUACAGAGGGAUGCUCCUUCAGACAGAAGCGGCACUAA